UAAAAGUAUACUCCUGUUAUUAAUACAUGAUUAUUUGUUUUCAGUUCCGGAAAAUUGUUUUGAACAAUUUUUACCCAAAGAAUGCCAUUGAAAACUCUGCUUUUACUAAAUAGUUAUUAAAUCACUAAUUUUUGUGUAUUCCUCUAGUUUUACAAUAUUUGUUAAAAAAUGGGUGGAUUUUGUUCAAAACAUAACAGUAACCAUGUUUCUAAAAAUACCACCAACGGAAAAAUUACGACCAAUUUCACUCCAACACAGAUUGACGACCAGUUUAUGGUAGAGAAGCCCGAAUAUAAAUUCGUCGAAGGAGGAUUCGGUACAAAGACGUCUGAAAAGUGGGACUUAGACUACUUAUCAACUCAACUUUGCACUUCAAUUAAGACUUUGGAACAAUUAUCAAGCGAGGGAAGUGAAGAGCAAGUCGUUGAACUCCCUCCAAUACUUAACGAUGAUUACUCGAUUUAUUAUGGACAAUGGAAGAAUGGAAAGUAUGAAGGAAAGGGUCAUUUAUUUAUGACUGAUGGAUCACAGUACAUUGGUUCAUUCUCAAACGGCCUUUUCAACGGGGCUGGUGAAAUGUUGUUUUUGAAUGGUGAUAGUUUUAAAGGAAUGUUUUCAAACGGUAAAAGGCGUGGGAAGGGAAUUCUUAAAUUUAAAAACGGAGACCUGUUUGAGGGAUUGUGGAAUAAUGGAACUAGAAAUGGCUAUGGAGUUGAACGUUUUGCUGAUGGAACUGUUUUUAUGGGCAAUUUUAAGAACAAUAAGAGAAAUGGCCGUGGUGAGAUUGCCAUGCCCGAUGGUACAAAGUAUGAAGGAUUAUUCAACAAUAAUGAAAUCAAUGGAUAUGGAAUGAUGAGAUGGUUGAACGGUGAAAGUUAUACUGGAUACUUCCGGAACGGAGUUAAGCACGGUUUUGGAACUACGAUGUGGAAGUCAGGAGAGUUUGUGAGCAGAAAAGGAAUUUACAAGGAUGGCAAGAUGUGCGGAGCAUUCAAGUCAGUAAAACGUGACGGAUCAGUCUUCGAUGCUCUUUACCGGGAUGAUUCCCUUGUCAAGUUCUUGACAGAGGAUGAAAUGAAACAGUACACUCACAAGAAUAGUGAUAGGAGUGAUCGUAGUGACAGAACCAACUCCAGUAGGACCAGCAAUAGUACAAACAGCAGGAGUUAUAAACAGUUCAGCACCUCUAAUUCCUUUAACAGGCUUAACACCAACGGUGUAAAUGCAGCAAACGACCUAAACACUAAUGCCAGCCAUGAAGGUAAAGAUACCAAUCCCGCCAAUGUAGUGAAUAAUCGGAAUAACAGGAGUAACAGGAAUAACAUAAAUAAAAGGAAUAACGUGAACAACAGGAACAGUGUUUUGAACAAUAAAGGAUACAGGGGAAGAAGAACUCAGACAAAAGUGAAUGAAAGUUAAUUUCUUUUAUUUCCA